UCCACGGCCAAACUUUCUUCUCCUUCUUCCUCCUCUCGUCACUUCCCUUUUAACCUAAUUCUCCCUUUCAAUUUCUAUCAUUUCUGGAAUCUUCUAUUCAUCUUUCCAGCUUCUAGAACAACUCUUAACCGCUUUUUUCAUUUUUUUCAUCCUCCAAUUUCCUUCGCCAAUUCUAUGCCGCCGCCGACGACUUACGAUGGAUAAUAAUAAUAAUAAUAAUAAUUGGAGAAGCCAGAGAAAUGAUUAUCACGACGGAAGAACCAGAUCGUUCAAUGAUAGAAAGCCUCCGAUCGGUAAUUGGCAGCCAACUGUCCCGUUAUGGGAGAAGAAGUUCUGUAAUGUGAUUGGUUCAGUUUCAUGGGAAAAGAUCUUAGAUACCAAGAAAUACUUUCACUUAUACGAAAACGUUAUCAACUGGAACGAUUCAGCAGCUGAGGAGGCUUUCCAUAAUGCUAAGAAACGGUUUUGGGCAAAGAUAAAUGAUCUUCCAUGCGAUCUAUCGCCGCCAGACCCGGAUAUCUACAUUGAUACAGUCGACUGGAACUCGGAAAUUGAUCCCCAACUGUUAUUGGAUUUGGAACGCGAAUAUGUUGUCCCGGACGAGCAGGAAAAAGAGGUUGUUGUCAUAAUUGAUCAGGAUAAUUGUCAAUAUUACUCACCAGAUGGAUGGGGAGAUAUGGAUGAUAAUCCAAACGAAAAUAAGGACAAGACAGCGACUGGCUGGGGAUGUUUGGAUAGUAGUAAUAAUAAUAAUAAUAACAAUUCAUGGGAUUGUAAGGUUGAGACUGAUGAUAAUAAGAGAUCGUGGCAACAUUGGGGUGUUGGUCAUGACGACAGCAUGUACUGGCAAACGUGUACAGGACAAAUGUCGAGAUACAGAACCUCGAGGUUUCAUGGCGAUGAUUAUCGCCGGAGUGGCGGAGUUGGUGUUGGUAGUGGUGGUGGGAGGGGAAGGAGGAGGAAGAAUUUUGUGUAUGAGCGACCUUAUGCUAAUAAAUGGUCUGGUGGUGCUUCGAAGCAAUGGAAUCCAUCGAAUCAACCGGUGGUUAGGACAGGAUCUUGGAUGCAAGGGUAGUAAAAUGACACAAAGGUACUACACUACACUACUCACUCACUUUGUAUAAUAUUUAGGUUAAAUUGAUUGAUUUAGGAAUACAAUCAUGUUUUUCUGCUUUCUUUUCUUGUCUGGACGUGUGUUCCAAAAUUUUGAGCCAUCUGUAAGAGUGAUCACAUUUCUUAAGCAUUCAUUCUCAUUGGUUUA